CAGAGUAAUCCACCCAACAAUAAAACACACCCACCCAGUUGUGCUUUGAGAGACAAUAUAAAUAUAGAGAGAGAGGGGAAUAUCAAAAACAGAUCAUCAUCAGAGAUGGAGUUCCCAGUGAUUAACAUGGAGAAACUAAAUGGCCAAGAGAGAGCAUCCACCAUGGACAAGAUCAAAGAUGCCUGUGAAAACUGGGGCUUCUUUGAGCUUCUGAAUCAUGGAAUACCUUAUGAGCUGCUAGACACAGUGGAGAGAAUGACAAAAGAACACUACAGGAAAUGCAUGGAACAGAGGUUCAAAGAAUAUGUGACCAGCAAGGGCUUAGAGGCUGCACAAACAGAGAUCACUGACAUUGACUGGGAGAGCACCUUCUACUUGCGCCAUCUCCCCCACUCCAACAUUGCAGACAUCCCUGAUCUUGAUCACCACUACAGGAAUUUGAUGAAGGAAUUUGCAUUGAAAUUGGAGAAACUAGCAGAGGAGCUACUGGACUUGUUAUGUGAGAAUCUUGGACUUGAGAAGGGAUACCUGAAGAAGGUAUUCUAUGGAUCUAAAGGACCAACUUUCGGUACAAAAGUGAGCAACUAUCCACCAUGUCCCAAGCCAGACCUCAUCAAGGGCUUGAGAGCCCACACUGAUGCUGGUGGCAUCAUUUUGCUCUUCCAGGAUGACAAGGUCAGCGGCCUCCAGCUCCUCAAAGACGGCCAAUGGAUCGACGUGCCCCCUAUGCGGCACUCCAUUGUCAUCAACCUUGGUGACCAACUUGAGGUGAUCAGUAAUGGCAAGUACAAGAGUGUGGAGCACCGGGUGAUUGCGCAGACUGACGGUACAGGAAUGUCAAUUGCUUCAUUCUACAAUCCUGGAAGUGAUGCAGUCAUAUAUCCAGCGCCAGCUUUGGUAGAGAAAGAGGCAGAGGAGGAGAAGAAACAAGUUUACCCUAAAUUUGUGUUUGAGGACUACAUGAAGCUUUACGCUGGGCUUAAAUUCCAGGCCAAGGAGCCAAGAUUUGAGGCCUUGAAAGCUGUGGAGACUAAUGUUCAUCUGGUUCAAACUCCAAUCACUACUGCUCCAGCUUUAAUUUACUGAAUCAAAAUUUUAAGGGAUAGAUGUGUGUGUGUGAGACUAAGAGAAAAGGAUUUGGUGAUAACAUCAUUUGUUUUUGACCUUUUGAAAUUGGUUGAUAUAUGAUUUUUUUUUUUUUUUAAACGGGUAGGAGGGAUUCGAACCCUGACCACCAGGGUGAUAAUACCCACCAUCAUUGUCAUUCCAACUAGUGACUCGUGUGUGUUAAUAUAUGUUGUUAUUUGUAGGAUAUAAAUAAAAUUUGUUACUUAUAGAUAUUUUAUUAAUAAA